AUGCCGGUGCCUCCGCCGCCGGCGCCGCCGCCGCCCCCCACCCUGGCCUUGGCAAAUACUGAAAAGCCAUCUUUAAGCAGAUCAGAGCAAGCAGGGCGAAAUGCUUUAUUGUCUGAUAUUACCAAAGGAAAAAAACUAAAGAAGACUGUUACAAAUGACAGAAGUGCUCCGAUUCUAGACAAACCCAAGGGACCUGGAGGAGGCGGCGGUGGCUUUGGAGGAGGAGGAGGUGGCGGCGGCGGCUUUGGUGGUGGUGGUGGCUUCAGUGGAGGAGGACCGCCGGGCCUUGGAGGCCUGUUUCAAGCAGGAAUGCCAAAGCUCAGAUCUGCUGCCAGUCGAGAUGCUGAUGCCGGGGCUAGCAGGCCGCCCGUGCUGCCGCCCGGGGGCAGGUCCGUGGCCGCCAAGCCCUUCUCGCCUCCAAGCGGGCCGCCGCGCUUCCCAGGAGCGCCUUCCAGCCAGAGAAGUGCCGCUCCGGAGCCACAGAGAAGCCGCCUGCCGCCCCCGCGGCCCGACGUGGGCUCCAAGGCGGACGGCGGCCCCCCGCCGCCAGUACCGAGCACGCCGCGGCCUGUGGCAUCCAGCCUGCACGCGCGCGGCUCGCCGCCGGUGCCGGCCGUGAGCCGGCAGCCCAGCAUCGGGCCCACACCGCCGCCCUUCCCGGGCAGCAGGAACGCCACCUUUGGCGGCUCCUUGCGCCCCUCCAGCACGAGCUCCUCGUCUCCCUUCUCCAACCGCCCGCCGCUGCCGCCCACACCAGGCCGCCCGGCUGAGGACAAGCCGCCCCCGCCGCCGCCACCGCCCGCCGGGCACCGGCUCCCGGGCAGCAGCCGGGACGCGGCGCUGCCGCCACCACCGCGCCGGCCACUGCCGCCGCCACCGCCGCUGAGCCGGAACGGCAGCACGUCCCGAGCGCUGCCGGCCGCGCCGCAGCUGCCCUCCCGCGAGGGCCAGAGAGGAGCGGGACCGCGGCCGCCGCUGCCGCCCGAGCGGCCGGGCACCGGGGCGCCGCCACCACCGGCCCCCGCCAUGAGGAACGGCUACCAGGAGCCGGGCGACGAUGAGUGGGAAAGCAGAUUUUCUUUUCAUCCUAUAUCUGACUUACCACCUCCAGAGCCAUAUGUACCUGUGAACAAAAGUUAUCCAAGUAAAUUAGCAAGAAAUGAAAGCAGAGGUGGCUCUGGCCGAAAAGAAAGAGGUGCUCCCCCUCUUCCGCCUAUACCAAGGUGAAAUGGGUCCUGGCCCAUCCCUGGGCAACUUCUGCUUUAAAGUUUCCUUCCAGUCAGCUUUCCUGUCCACAUCA